AGACUUCAGGAAGCCGGCUUGUCGUCGCCGGUGAUCGACGCGGCGAUUUCGGCGUUCGUCUACGAGAUCGUGGUGCGGCACGGCGACCCGGCGCCUCGGUUGUGCAACAAGGACCCGUUCACCAUCAAGUCAGCCGAAUACCUGCUCACGCUGUUUCCCAACAGCAAAUUUGUGUUCAUGAUCCGUGACCCGAGGGCCACUGUGCAUUCCAUUAUUUCGCGCAAGGUAACAAUCACGGGGUUCGACUUGACGAAUUUCAAGCAGUGCUUGGAGAAGUGGAACGCGGCGGUGAAGACGAUGAAUGCGCAGUGCGACGCCCUGGGGCCGAAGAAGUGCUUGAAGGUGCAUUACGAGCAGCUGGUGUUGCAUCCGCAUCAGCAGCUUCAGAAGACGCUGGCAUUCCUGGACAUUCCCUGGCACGACAGUGUCAUGCAUCACGAGAAGCUCAUCAACAAACCCGGUGGGGUUUCUUUGUCCAAGGUGGAACGCUCGUCGGACCAAGUAAUCAAGCCGGUGAAUCUCGGUGCGUUGACCAAGUGGGUCGGGCACGUGCCCAAGGAAGUGGAAGCUGAGCUGGGGGAAAUUGCACCCAUGAUGAAAGUGUUUGGGUACGAUCCCAGCGACCCGAACCCCAAGUACGGGGAGCCGGAUCCCGACGUGGCCAAGGCGUCUUAAUUGAGGGAACCCAUUUUUGUCAUCCUACCUCGAUCCUGAGUGUGUACAUUGCAGAAAUGGAACAAAAGAAGAAGAAGAAACAAAAAAUGACAAGAACAGAUUAAUUUCAAAAGAAGCGUGUUUCCCAUGCGGCUGUGGUUCAUUUUAGGAGAGCAAACCUCGGACGAAUCGUUUUUUUUUUGUGGCAAAGUUGAGUCUCGGUUUUUUUUUUCUUGUUGAUUUUUUUCGUCUUCGUUUUGAUUCGUUUUGUUCAGCUUUCGAUUCAACGGCAGCAGAGACAAACAGUAUGAGUUCAGCUCUUUAUUAUCGGUGUCGUUCUACUUUUCCGAGUAUCGCUGCCAGUUUUGUUCAUGGUUCAAUACGCUGGUACGUGAGUCUCGUGUUGGAAU